UAAAACUAGUGAAAAUCUCCUUAGGGAAGCGGCAGCUGUACCGUAAUAUUAAAAUUCCGCCAAAUAACGAAGGCCGGGUGUUCGGGAGAAGGCGGAUCCGAUCGGCGAAACCGGGCGCCAUUUUACAUUUUGAACCGAGAAGCAUCUAGCUACGGUAGAGCCGGUCCAGUAGUGUUUGCGGCUUUCGUCGGGUUAACUUGUAAGUUAAAAGCGGAAAAACUUAAAAAAUAUAAACAAAAUGAGUACGAAAGAAAACAAAGAAGUUGCAGUAGAAAAGUUGGAAAACGACAAGAGUGCGGACGCGAAAUGUGAACUGAAAGGAACGAAGCGAGCGGCCGAGGAUAAAACCGAUGACCCUAAAAAGGCUAAGAAGGAGGAAAAUGGGGCGAACUCGGAGGGCGAAGAGCUUGACGAGGAAGAGGAGGAGGUCAUAGAAGAGGAAGAAGGAGAAGACGAGGCCCCCGAGGGAGAGGAUGACGAAAUAGAGGGAGAAGAAGAUGAUGAGGAAGACGUAGAAGGUGAAGAGGGUGUGGAUGAAGAAGAAGACGACGCAUAAUGAACCAGGGACUAAAGCCGUCUGCCCUGUGAACACUAUCUGUGACGGACAUUUUUCAGUGUGCAAAAAAUGCAAGAGCUACUUUGUGGUGCUGCUGCCGCCCCAAUCAAACCGACAUUACAAUACAUCUACCCCCGUCAUUCCCCAUUAAUCAAUAAUUUAGUCGUUAAAAAAAAAAUUGAAUAGUUUUUUUCGCAUUAAUAACAAUAAUCUGGCCACAAAUUAGCUCCGGAAAAGUUUGUCGCUGCUGGUUAAAACACAGUGACCGUGCGAUGUGUGAACGCUAGCCGCGGUACCUGACCUCUAAUCUAACUUAUUACUUAACUCUACUCCCCCUUCGAUUUGUAAAAAUGUCCAAUUUAUGUAAAUGAUAGGUAUAAAUUUAGUUUAAGUUUUAUUUUACCUUGAUUUUCGUCGUCGCGUCACGUAAAAACUAAAGUAGUUGUAUUCGGGUUUAUUUUUGUACAAAAAACCGCAUUCGUCAUUUCUUUCACCUCUCGGUACACACGUCACAAUUUAUUAUAAUAAAUUUUUUGUUUUUUUUUUAAAGAAGUCAGUUUAUAAUACACAAGAGUAUAUGGAAGAGAGUUAUUGUGUCGCCGGUAAUCCAACACCUCCCUCAUCAAUAGACAGUAUAAAUUCGUUCAAGGGUUAUCAAUUAAGGGCAAUAAAGUACAGAAAAAGUUAUCUAUCCUAGGCUAAAAAUACAUUAUAUAGAUCAUAGAGUCAAUGGUUUUUUAGAUCAGUGUGUUUUUUGUAUGUAUGAUGAUACAAUACUUGUAAUUAUUUUUUAAAUUUACUUACUAGGAAAUUUGUGUUAGCUAGCGGUGCUAGGAUGCGCACUCUUAUUUUUUUUUUUUUAAUUCACUGCCAAAUGUAGACUUAGAAUUGUACGGAAAACUCUUCGACUGUACGUCUUUGAAUCGCCCAUUUUUCCUUUUCAAUAUAGGAAACAUGAGCCGAUUUGAAACUUCUUUUAUUUUUAUACCCAGAGACUCCCGAAUUUAAUAACCUAAGAUUAUUUAUCCAUCCGUACCGUGGGACGAACAAGCCGCUUUUCCAAGUUUCCUUGGGGAGGCAGCUUAGUUAUCCCCCAUACCACAAUAGCGGCAGAGUUUUGUGUAUAAUUGUGUGAUCAUUUGGUGCGUUUCAUUCCAGACAAAAGAUUUUUUAAGUUUCUUUUAUUCAUAUUCGGCGGGAGGGCGAUCCCAACCCACCCGAUAGGACAUAACGUAAGGAAGUGUUUUAUCCGAAAUUUUGAUUGUCUAAAAACUAUAAAAUUGUUUAGUAAUUUUAAUUCAAUGGUGUAUGAUUUUGAUUGAUAUAAACAAUGGAUUCAAAUUGUUUCAUA